AUGAAGAAAUCAUUACUGAGACCAGCCAAUCAGCUUAAUUCACCAUCAAUAUCACAUUAUAGAUCAUAGACAAGUGGUUCUGGUGUAUUUGAUUAAUCUCGUAUAUUGGAAGAGACAUCAGAGAAGUUUUAGCGUUCAUGGAUGAUACUUGAAAGUGUAGAAGAAUUAAAAAGUCUUCGUUAUUCAUUAAAAUAAACAACAACUGAACCUAAUAUUCGUUCAGAAUGUUAAUUAGGUGGCACCUUAAUUUCUGGGAAGAUUUAUAAAGUGACACCAAUGGAAUUCUAUUAUUGUAAUAUACUAAUAAAAGGUUAAAAAUCUCCUUUGAAUUGUACAGUUUAUUGUGAUGGAGAAUUUUAGAUUAUGAUAUCUUUUAAUUCUCCAUUUCCUACAAAAUUUAAUUGUGAUCAAGUUAUAAGAAAUAGAACUUGGACUGUAAGACAUAAUGGAGAAGAGAAACUAAAUUUAGCAUUUGUAGCUCGUAAAUAAACAGACAUUAAAUUUAUGAUUUAUUAUGGAUAAACAGAUUCUUUUAAGAAAUUAAUAAGAAUUUCAAGUAAUCAUGAAAGAAUAGAAAUGAGUGAUGAGAUUCGAAGAAUGCCUUAAUUUAUUGUAAAUUAAAAUAAGAUAGAAGCAGUUAAGAAAGUAAAUAAGUAUGAAAUGGAAGUCUCACGUUCUGAUAGGUUUUUAUAAGUAUUAAAAACAAGAAAUCUAUAAAAGAAAGCUAUAAUGGAAGCAAAUUAAUAAAAAAAUAUUGAUUUUUAAAUAAAAGUAAGGACCCAUGAAGGAAUAAAAUUAUAUACAUUGUUUAAUAGAAAUAAAAAGAGAUAGAGAGAUUAAACAUUCUUAUGGAGUGAAUUGCUUCUAUAUUUGAGAUUAGUAAAAAGUUUGUAUUUGAAAUUAAAAUUAAGAAGGAAAUAAUAAAAGAGAAAUGAAUGUAUGAUUGAAAGUAUAAGGGAAAGAAUGAAAAAGUUUAGAUAAGAUUAUACAUUGAAUUGUGAGGAUUUGAAUUAUCGAAGUAUAGAAUAGACAAUAAUGACUUUAAUGAUGUUUUGUAAGUAAUCUAAAAGGAGAAUUAUAUACAAUUCAUUAGUACAAGUUUUACCAACUUUAAAAUGGAGAGCCUAAUUGUACAUGUUUAAAAAGAAGGCUCUUAUUGCAAGUACUAAAUUACAAUUAAUCAGGAUAAAUUUAAAUUAAUUUGUAAGGAAUGUACGUGAAUAUAAAAUAAAGAUGAUAUAAAAAUGGGAUUAAUAUACAAUGAAAGUUCAUCAAUAUUAAUCAAUGCAUAAAGGUGAUAAAAGAUUUUUAACUUGGGUUAAAUUUUUAUAUGAAAAAGGAUAUCAAAUAUAUUUUUAGAAUUUGUUUAUUACUCUAUUGAUGAGAGAAAGAUAUCGAUCUCAUAUUAGAGAAUAGAGAGAAAUAAUGAAAUAUAGAUAGGAAAUUAAAACUGCAAAGUUGCAAUUAAAAUUUACUAGAGAUACCGUAGACAUUAUGACUUUACGAUAAAGGAUUUUUAAAUUAAGUAAUGACAUUUAUGCAAUGCAACUUAAGAAUAUAUUUUUUAUCCAUUCUGAUGUGGAGAGAUUUGUGUCAUCAAUUAUUGAAUAGAGUUCUUUCAUUUUUUUAGAUGAUGAUAAUAAUCAAAUUGGUUAAGAAAAGUCAUCUCGUCUUCGUGUUAGUUUAAAGAAAUAAAAAACACUUCGUAUCUCUAAAAAAUCUUGA